UGAAAUUUUUAGUGAAGGAGGAAAGGAGAACGGAAACGCAGUGAGGACUACUGAGGAGGAAAGAAUGCCGAAGAGAACGACGCACACGUAUUCGAGCGAGGACGCAGCCCCCGAUGGCCCAGAGUCCGAUCUGUUCGUCUAUUACUGCAAGCACUGUGGUUCUCAUGUCCUCAUCACGGAUACCCAGUUGCAGAAAAUGCCUAAGCGGAAAACUGACAGAGCAUAUGUGCUGGACAAGAAGAAACAUCUUGCUAGACUGAAUAUUAGUGAGGGUGGAAAAGUUCUUUUGAAACGUGGCGAAGGGAAAUUGGAAAAACAAUUCCGUAUGACCUGUGUGGGUUGUGGGCUUUUUGUUUGUUACCGCACAGAAGAAGAUUCAGAAGGUGCCCCUUUCAUUUAUGUUGUUGAUGGCGCACUUAGCUCAGUUGCAGCAGAAACAAACCCUCAGGACGCGCCUGUCCCACCCUGCAUAUCACAAUUAGAAGGUGGUCUUGUUCAAGUGGCAAUAGAAGUAGAAGACCGUGCACAACGUUCCGCAAUUACAAGAGUAAAUGCAGAUGAUGUUCGUGUGACAGUAGCUGCACCAGCAGCACGGGGGGAAGCUAACAAUGAGCUAUUGGAAUUUAUGGGCAAGGUGUUGGGUCUACGACUGAGCCAGAUGACUCUUCAAAGGGGGUGGAAUAACAAGUCAAAGCUCCUUGUGGUGGAGGACUUGUCCGCUAGACAAGUCUAUGAGAAACUUCUGGAGGCUGCACAACCUUGAUGCUUUCUGCAUCCAGCUUCACUUCCUUCUUGUGGUAUAUGUGCAGGCCCUGGUCUAUGACUCUAUAUUACAUACCAUUGCUGGGUAUGUUUCAUCUGAGGGCCAUAUAACUGUUAACUUGAUGCUUCAUGCAUCCAUCUUCACAUCCUUUUGUAUUAACAUUACAUAUGAAUCCUCUC